AUGGAUGAAAAUCAAAUUUCGGAAGAGGAGGCGAUGAAUUCUAUUCUAAUUGAAAACAAUGAACAGGAAACGGAGAUUUGUUUAGCAGAGAAAUCCGCUCAAUGUGAAGCAAUGAUUUACGAUGAGGUUAGACCUAUUAGUAGUAAGAGACGCAGAGAAGAGGAUGAGGAAGAAAGCCGUGUGAAAUAUGUGAACGCGUAUAAAGUAUGUGUGCAGUUUGAAUGUGCAGAAAGUGCUGAUGAGCUGAUGAACUGUACACCUUUGAAGGAGUUAGGAUGGAGAUUUCAAAAGCCAUUAGAGGUUGCUUUUUCAUACGGUGUCAUUAAGGAUAUUGAGCUGGAGAUGUCUGAAAAAGAAAUGUUGGAGUGGAACUCACAAAGUAUUAAGCCCAAACGUACAGAAUUCGACCAGUUGUUAAAUAGCGAGAAAAUUCAUAUUGCUGCCAUUUGUGAGACAUGGUUGAAUGCUGAAGUUAUGCUUAAAAUAACAGAAAGGCGCCUAGCUCUUGAUUUAUUUAGGAAAAACCCUACUCCUGAUAACUUAGAUAAAUUAAAAGAUAAAAUUAGAAUUUCACAACAGCUAAUUAGAAAGGAAACUAGAAAAUCUUUCUCUAAUUUUUGCUCUUCGAUUGAUGAGUCUAUUACUGUACACGGCAUGUGGCAAAAAAUGAAGUGGUUAGAACAGGAAUUAUGGGUGUUCUAA